UCAAAUGCAAUAACCUUGAAUAUGAGUUUAAGAUAUGAUUAUCUGUAAAAAUUGCUUAUCAAACAAGGAAAAUUUCACCAUUAAAGUAGAGGUUAAGAUCUAAUAAAAGUGAUUUUAAUUAAAAAAAAUACAAUAUAUCAGAAGAAUUAGCAGAUUAAUUCAGAAGUUUCAAAGAGUGAGAUCCCUCAUCAGAUCGCAUUUAAAUCAUGACUUGAACUGUUGUCCUUAAUGAGCUGACCCAGAAAGCUUGAAUGUAGAAAAUUUUGAUACUGGGUUUCUGGACGGACGGACCCACUUUAUCAUAGGCAAGCAAGUUGCGGACACCGACAAGAUCUUUCAAGUGCAUUGGACAAAUUUGACUUUGCGACCAUUCAAAUGCAGGUUGCUUGAAAGCUGAAUGAGUAUUGGACUUGUCGUAUUAAUGGAUGAAUAUGACGAUCACAAAAAAAAAAAAAAGGUUUAAAGUUCAGCAAAAACAAAAAGAAAUCUAAUGUACAAUUAACCGACUAGACAGAUCUGACCGAAGUACCUAGUUAGAGAACUCCUCGUCCAUUUCAGAGGUACCAUUAUUCUCAUUUCUUUUCAGAGGCAUCUUCUGGUGCAGUAAGAGGAACCAUUAUUCUCAUUUCUUUUCAGAAGCACACUUCUGGUGCAGUAAGAUUGGGUUCCGCAACGAAAGCAUUUGUUCUUAUAGAAUUAGCAUUGAUUGGAUUGGGAUCAAAUAUGGGUACGGUGAAUCACAUUGGAGAAGGAUCUGCAAUGAUGGGGAAUGACAGUAAAGGAUAUGGGCAGGUUGUUAACAGUCCUAGAUAUUCAGGACCCACUACGAGAAGAGCUCUCUCCUUCAAGAAGAACCCCAAUCAAGAUGUAGAGGUAGCAGUAACCAGGGACGAAGGAGGAGAACAUGCAUCUGAGAUAAGACACUCAGGCCACAGGUCUCUGCACAUCAAGACAUUGCUCAAAAACUCUGCAGCCAUUGCCAGCUCUGUCAAAGAAUCUGAUAAGAGUUUCAGGCAAUGGGUGUUCUGUUUCUGUGGGCUGCUCAUUGUUAUCCUCACUUUAAUGAAAAUUGAAACAGUUGGAUGGAUUGCAUCUCACACUGAUCUCCACACACGAUCUAAGGAACUUUUUCAUAAUUCAAUAGUUCUACAAACAUUCACAAAUUCCAAGCAGAAGAAGGCUCAACGGAUUUUAGAGAAUCCUGCUAUCUGGUUGAAGCCAAAUAGCAAUAGAUUUGAGCAAUGCAUUCAUCAUUCGAAAACUUAUACAAAGCCUGGGUUAGAGACAAACGGUUACCUUCUAGUCAAUGCUAAUGGUGGUUUGAAUCAAAUGCGAACUGGGAUAUGUGACAUGGUUGCUGUGGCAAGAAUCUUGAAUGUAACUCUUGUUCUCCCCUCUUUGGACCAUACAUCUUUCUGGAAUGAUCCAAGUGACUUUAAGGAUCUCUUUGACUGGCAACACUUCAUUAGAACUUUGGAGGAUGAUAUCAAUAUAGUAGAGUCCCUACUACCUUCUUAUGCAAAUGUCGAGCCUUUGAAAAAAGCUCCUAUAUCCUGGUCAAAGAUCUCUUAUUAUAAGACAGAAAUACUUCCCUUACUGAAGCACCAUAAGGUUCUAUACUUCACUCAUACGGACUCUCGACUUGCCAAUAAUGGUCUUCCCAGUUCCAUUCAAAAGUUGAGGUGCCGUGCAAACUUUCAAGCACUAAGAUAUACAUCAUCCAUUGAGGAACUUGGGAAUACCUUGGUAUCUAGGAUGCACAAGAGUGAGAAUCCGUACAUUGCACUUCAUUUAAGAUUUGAGAAGGAUAUGUUGGCAUUCACCGGCUGUUCACACAACUUGACAUUAGAAGAAGCUAAGGAGCUGCAGAAAAUGAGAUAUGCAGUAGAUCACUGGAAGGAGAAAGAUAUUGACGGUGAGGAGAAAAGAAGGCAAGGUGGUUGUCCUAUGACUCCCCGUGAGACUUCUCUUCUGUUGAAGGCCUUAGGAUUUCCAUCCAAUACAAAUAUUUAUAUUGUAGCAGGGGAAGCUUAUGGAACUGAUAGCAUGAAGCCUCUAUAUGAUGAAUUUCCAAAUAUAUUUACCCACUCAACAUUAGCUACAGAAGAGGAGCUGGAACCUUUUAAAAACUAUCAGAACAGGCUUGCUGCAUUGGAUUAUAUAGUGGCUAUAAAAAGCGAUAUUUUUGUUUAUACUUAUGAUGGUAACAUGGCAAAAGCAGUGCAAGGGCAUAGGCGUUUUGAAGGUUUCAGGAAAACCAUCAAUCCGGACAGGCAAAAUCUGGUGAAGCUGAUAGAUAACUUAGAUCAAGGUCAAAUUUCAUGGAAGAAAUUUGCAUCAAAAAUGAAAAAACUACACUCUGAUCGAGACGGGUCUCCUUAUCAAAGAGAAGCUGGUGAUUUACCAAAAUUUGAGGAAUAUUUCUACGCAAACCCCUUACCAGGUUGUAUAUGUGAGAAGCAUCACAGUAAGCAAAGACUAUUUACAGAUGGAAGCUAAGCUUGUACAUCUUACAAAGCAGAAGAAUCUUGAGUUCUUUUGUAAUCUAAUACAAGCUAAUAGGAGGAAACUGAAGUAUUUUGUACCUCCACUAAGUUACUUCUCCUAACACAACAAAAUUCUCUGCAACUUAGCUGUGACUGGAAAGUACCGAGAUCUUUUCUGCUCAACUAUUAUUUGUACCAACACAGAAACACCAGCCAAUUUAGUUUCUUCUGAAUCUGAUGCCUAUCCAUUAUUUGGCACCAAUGAUUGUGGUGGAUUGUUAUGACUUUUAAAGCAGGAGCAUUCAGAUCCACAGGCAAUCCUGCAUCCCAAUAUUUUUUCGUGAUCAUUAUUAUUUUGUCUUGGUGCAGAAGGUUGUUUUAGUCUCUAGUUGGUGUAGAAGUCUUUCGUCGACUCAGGUUUUGUUUUGUGACAUUUUUGCCUAGUCACAGUUUCACAAGCUCAACUGGGAAAUCAUGAAAAUAAUUAAUUAUAAAGAUCAGUGAUGGCUAGUGUCAAAUCACUCUGUAGAGGCAUUUAUAACUUCAUUCAUUCAGUCUGCCAAGUUUUUAUGAC